UUUUCCUCCAUUUUAAUGAAAAAGGUGCGACUUUCCCGAAAGGAUUUCAAAGCGUCGAUUCAACUCUGAUGCGAAGCAGAAGACGAGUUUCGACCUCGAAAUCGGACAUCCGAUAUGGAAAAGAAAACAAUCAGCAUCGUCGGUUCAGGAAAUUGGGGCUCUGCUAUUGCUAAAAUCCUGGGUAAAAAUGUGGUGGAGAGAGGAGAGAAAUUCAACACAGAAAUUAAGAUGUACAUGUAUGAGGAGAUGAUAGAUGGUAGAAAGCUGACAGAAAUAGUGAACACAGAACAUGAGAAUGUCAAGUAUUUACCAGGCAUCAAACUCCCAGAAAAUGUGGUGGCUAUUCCUGAUCUACUAGAGGCCACGUCAGGAGCCGACAUCCUGGUCUUUGUUCUUCCUCACCAGUACGUCCAUAAGAUCUGCAGUGCGCUGAAAAACAAAAUCAAACCCAAGGCAGUUGCUGUUUCACUCAUUAAGGGAUUUUCCAUUCAUGAUGAUGGAAUUGUGAUUCCCAUGUCUAAGGUGAUUGGGGAGGCAUUAGGAAUUCCCUGUGCAGCAUUAAGUGGGGCGAAUCUUGCAACAGAAGUAGCCCAAGAACAGUUUUGUGAAUCUACUGUUGGCUGUGAAGAUGAAGAGAUGGGGCAGCUACUGAAGGAUUUGUUUGAGACGCCAUACUUCAGGAUAGCUGUAGUUCAGGACAGACAGACUGUUGAGGCUUGUGGAGCUCUAAAGAACAUUGUCGGUAUAGGAGCGGGUAUUGUUGAUGGUCUUGGGUAUGGAGAUAAUACUAAGGCAGCUGUGAUCAGACUAGGACUAAUGGAGAUGAUUAAAGCCACAGAAAUGUUCAUCCCAGAGAUGAAAGUGACCACCUUCUUUGAGAGCUGUGGUAUUGCAGAUUUAGUAACGACCUGUCACGGAGGGAGAAACAGAUUACUGGGUGAAUCUGUCAUCAAGUCAGACAAGACAAUAAAACAGUUAGAGAAGGAGAUAAUGAAGGGUCAGAGUUUUCAGGGGCCACUGAUAGCCAGGGAAAUCUACACAAUGCUGGAAAAGAAAAAUAUGACAGACAAAUUUCCACUGUUUACAGCCAUUCAUAAGAUCUGCAUCAGAGAAAUGGAUCCUAAAGAGUUUAUAUCAUGUCUUAGAAAUCACCCAGAACACCUAUAAAACUGUCCAUAUAGCUAGACUUCUAUAGUACAAUAAAUUACAUGUCAAAAAAGGCCACAGAGAGACAUCAGAAAUCACCCACAACUGUCCAUUCAAGUAAACAUCUGUAGAGUACAGACUGUAGUACAGUCCUAUGACAUGUCAACUGUUGGUCCACAAAUGACUGCUUGGAGAAUAUCAGGAAAAAUGUACCAUGUUUACUUAAUGUUUGGAACAUAGGAUCUAUUUAUUGUUAUUUCUUGAAUAAUCAAGCAAUGUUUUUAUUUUACUACAGCAUAAAAUGGUGCACCUCUAUGACUUGUAAAUAUUGAUUGUUUCUUUUGUAGUGUUAUUUAGUAUUAACAUAGGAAACAAUCUGUUUGUUUAGAUAUUUUUGAGUACUUUAUGUUUUUGGGUGUUAUUAUAUUAAUAAUAAUACACAGUAAAUGAAAUAUUACAACAUGGCAUCUACAUGUAUUUUGUUGAAAUUUGAUUUUGAUCUCAUCUUCUUUGAGAAACAAAAUUUAUGAGAAUGUAAAAUGACUGUGUUGAGAAUUCAUUUAUCUUUGCAAUCACUGCAUCC